ACGUGAUGGCGGCCCCUGGGAGCUGCCCAGCUCCCUCUCCUCCCCAGUUGUGGAACAGGAGCUCCUGACUCUCAAGUUUCGUCCUCUUCUUCCUAGAAGGAUGUGCAUCUUCACCCCAGAAGAGCUGGCCAUUCCCCUAGACCAGGGGCCAGCAAAUUUUUUCAGCAGGGGGCCGGUCUACUGUCCCUCAGACCUUGUGGUGGGCCGGACUAUAUUUUGAAAAAAAAAAUGUACAAAUUCCUAUGCCCCACAAAUAACCCAGAGAUGCAUUUUAAAUAAAAGGACACAUUCUACUCAUGUAAAAACAUGCUGAUUCCUGGACCGUCCGCAGGCCGGGUUUAGAAGGCGAUUGGGCCGCCUCCGGGCCUUAGUUUGGGAACCCCUGCCCUAGACUGACGCUCCCCUUCUCAGUGGAAUUGGGAGCAAGAGGAGCAGAGAGCUUCUGCUUUACUCUCCCCCUCGCUAGGCGCAACUCUGGCCCCCUUCCUUCUGUUGCCCCAGCCACCAGACUCUGAGUCCUUUGUAAAGAGCUUCCAUCAUCUGCUGCUAUUCAAAUCCUCCAGGAGAGAGAGAAGGAGGGAGCUGGGCUUUUUAGUGGAUGGGUGGGGGUAGCAACAAGCUAGGAAUAAUACUGAAUGAUACUGACCCAGGGAAUCGCUCCCAGGGCUACAGUUCUGUGAUUCUGUAAUCUCUCAGUUUAGUUUUAAAUUUCCUCUGUUGACCGAUUGAACACUAAAGCAAAACAUAAAGGUAAAGGGACCCCUGACCAAUAGGUCCAGUCACGGACGACUCAGGUUGCGGCACUCAUCUCGCUUUAUUGGCCGAGGGAGCCAGCGUACAGCUUCCCGGUCAUGUGGCCAGCAUGACUAAGAAAGCAGAACAUAAAUUUUCUUAAUAAACCUUUAAAAAGGCAGCAGGAGACAUGCAUACUCCAAAGGUCAACAUAAGUUGCCCGAGUCAUAGAAUCGUAGAGUUGGAAGGUACACCAAGGGUCAUCUAGUCCAACCCCCUGCAAUGCAGGAAUCCCAGCUAGAUCAUCCCUGACAUUUGGCCAUCCAACUUUGCUUAAAAACCUCCAAGGAAGGAGAGUCCACCCCCUUCCGAAGGAGACCAUGCCACUGUCAAAACAGCUCUUACUGUCAGAAAGUUUUUCCUAGUGUUUAAUCGGAAUCUCCUUUCUUGUAACUUCAAGCCAGUCCAACAAAGUUGAUGUUGAAGAAUCAUUGCUUCAACACUGGUGAUCUUUGCUUCUUCCAGUACACUGAUAUUAGUUCGCCUGUCUUCCCAAGUGAAUGUGUAAACAUUUUCAGAGACCCCGUUGAUGGAAUCUUUCAAGGUGUUGGAGAUGGUGUUUAUGUGAAAGUAUCUUGAAAAGAUACGGCACAGCACCUACCGGUAGAAACAUAAGGUAAAAAACCUAUCUGCUCAUUAGCAAUGUCCAGCUGUGCCAGUUUCCCCAGUACGCUCCGUGGCGUUUUCCUCUGCUAAAACUUCAGAAACUUUCUUUCCGGUUCUAAUUUGCAGAGCUUGAUGCGCAGCUAGAAAAGUAAUUCAGCUUCAGUGUCUAGAAAUUACUUUCGGUGACUCCUCAUUAAAACUCAGAUGUUUAUUUUAAGGUAAACUCCCCAGCUGAGAGAUGCUUCCUCUCGGCUGUAAGAGCCACGACACACAGAUACAGACGUAGUAAGGACGUUUCAUAUUAUAGAGAAUUACAACAGCAACCGAGCACAUCGCAUUCCUGAAUGAAACGUCAUUGGCCUGCGAUUGCAGGGCGAACGCUGGGCUGGCUAUCUCCCACAGCUCACAGUUUAUAAGUGGUCCAUGUUUCGCAAGCAUACAGUAAGGUUGCUAGUACAAUAGCUUUGUAAACGAGCAUUUGGUUUCCCUGCAAAUGUCCUGGUCCUCAAACACUCCAGUUAAUCAGGAGAAAGCCGCACUCACAGAGCUCAGGUGAUGCUGGAUUUCAGCAUCAAUGUCGGCCCUUGUGGAAAGAUAGCUGCCUAGGUAGGAGAAGUGAUCAACAUUUUCCAACCUUACACCAUUGAGUUGGAUUCGUGGCACUGCAGGGGGGCCAGCAGGUUCACACCACAAGGAACAGAAUUAGGCAUCACAAAGACUUUCAUGAUGGUGCCAGCUGGGAGGCAGAUUCUUUUAAGCAGCAAAGGCGGGGAAUCCCCCGCCUAUCUGGGAUCUUGUGGAAGAGGAGAUUCCUGCUACCGUACUGUUGAACUUCCUUCCCCUUCUCUUGUUCUGCGCACUUUCUCGCCUCCUGAACCUGCCUUAAUUUCCUCCAAGCAGAGGCUAGCUUUCCAUCUGGGACCCCCAGGGCUGCACUCUUGUCUUUCUCAUCUGUUGGUUGGUAGCUGCUGCCUCUCCCGCCUGCUGUUUUUCUGUCUGCAUCUGCUGCAGAAGAGGAGGCUGCCCUUGCUAGUCCAUUAGGCUGCAGCAGCUUCCAGGCUGCUGCCCUGUAAGGAUAUCCUGCCUUUCCAUGGGCUGUUAAUUGGCUCAGCCACUAGGUGGUAGUGAAGCAGUGCUAAGCUCUGUUGUCCCCUGACUGCCAGGUCUGAUGGGGGGGGGGAGAGAGAGAGAGAUUCCUUGAAGGCACUCAUUCACCUUGCCAGAUCCAAAGUCUUCCCCCCUCCCCCUGGAGGUGGGGACAUGCAGGGUGGCAUCGCCUGCCUCCUUUUCCAGACGAGGAAUCCAGUUGAACAGCAGCUUCCAGAGAGCUCCCUUCCUCCACCAUGAAGAGCGUCGCCCGUCCUUCUGCCCUUCUGCUCUGCUUUCAAGCUGUCUUCACCUUGGACCAGCUGAAUUGGUGCACAGUCUCUGACAAAGAGCUUGCCAAGUGCAGCGACAUGAGCAAAGCCUUCUUCAGGGCCAACAUUCGACCCCUGCUGACUUGUGUGAAAGGUGUCUCAGCCAGCGACUGCAUGUUGAUGAUCAAUACAAGUGUGGCAGAUGUGGCAGCCGCGGAUGGCGGCACCAUUUAUCAGGCUGGGAAGGAAUACAACCUGAAGCCGGUGGUGGGAGAAGCCUAUGGCCAAGAUCUUGGCACCUCCUACUACGCAGUGGCUGUUGUGAGAGCAAACUCCAGCUUGACCAUCGACAGCUUGUGGAGGACCAAGUCGUGCCACACGGGCAUCAACAGGACGGCCGGCUGGAACGUCCCCAUUGGCUUUCUUCGCGACAGCGGACGGAUGGCAGUGAUGGGCUGUGAGGUAGCUGAAGCGGUGGGCAACUAUUUCAGUGCCAGCUGCGUCCCUGGAGCCAGUGGAAACGGCUACCCAGCUAACCUCUGUGCGCUUUGCAAAGGAGACGGGGCUGGUCGGGGGAAAUGUGAGCUGAGCCCCAACGAGGAAUAUUACGACUACAUGGGCGCCUUCAGGUGCCUGGUGGACGGAGCAGGGGAGGUGGCCUUUGUGAAACACAGCACAGUCCCCGAAGCCACUGAGGGCCUAGCUCGUCCCUCAUGGGCCCAGACGGGGCUUCAGGCCACGGACUUCCAGCUCCUUUGUCGGGAUGGCAGCAGAGCAGCAGUGACGGCGUGGAGGUCCUGCCACUUGGCCCGUGUCCCUGCGCACGCCGUGGUGGCCAGGGAGGACAUGAAUGCGAGCCUCAUCUUCCAGCUGCUCAACCAGGGGCAGCAAAGGUUUAACACCGAAGGUGCUGAUUUCCAGAUGUUUGACUCUUCAGCCUAUGAUGGGAAGAAUCUUCUCUUCAAAGACUCCACUAUGGAGCUGGUUCCCAUCGUGGGGCAGUCCUACCAGGCCUGGCUGGGAGAGGAGUACAUGCAUGUCGUGCGGGGACUGGACUGUGACCCGACAAGGCUGCCUCCGUUCCUGCGCUGGUGCGUCUUGUCUACAGAGGAGAUCUGGAAAUGCAGCCAGAUGGCAAAGGCCUUCAAGGACAAGCAGCUGAAGCCGGAGCUGCAGUGUGUUUCAGCUGAGAGUCCCGAGCAGUGCAUGGAGCGCAUCCAGAACAGAGACAUUGACGUUGUGUCUCUGGACGGAGAGGAUAUUUACACGGCCGGGGAGACGUACGGCCUGGUGCCGGCUGCUGGCGAGCAUUACGCAGACGAGGACACCAACAGCACCUACUACGCAGUGGCCCUUGUGAGACGGGUGGCUGAUGACGCCUUCACCAUCUUCGAGCUGCAAGGAAGGAAGUCCUGCCACGCUGGCUAUGGGACAAUGGCUGGGUGGAAGAUGCCCAUUGGCCUCCUGCUGAAGAAGGGGUUCAUUCGUCCUCAGGACUGCAACAUCCCCAAAGCGGUGAGCACCUUCUUCUCCGGCAGCUGCGUUCCUGGGGCCCAGGGAGAUGGCUACCCAGACAGCCUGUGUGAGCUCUGCAUUGGGGACCUCAGUGGCCACUACAAGUGCAAUGCCAGUAGCCAAGAACGUUACUAUGGCCACGCUGGAGCCUUCAGGUGUUUAGCUGAGCGUCAUGGCGAUGUGGCCUUUGUCAAGCACUCCACAGUCUUUGAAAACACAGAUGGGAACAACAUGGACUCCUGGGCCUCCCAGCUGCGCCUGGGGGAUUUCCAGCUCUUGUGCCCAAAUGGUGCCCGUGCGGAAGUUAGCCAGUUUGCCCACUGUCAUUGGGGACAGGUGCCCGCCCAUGCCAUCAUGGUCCACCCAGACACAAAUGCUUUGGCUGUUUUUGGACUUCUGAACAUUGCACAGGACUUCUUUGGCAACCACCAUAAAAAUGGAUUCCAAAUGUUCAACUCUACAGCCUACAGAGGGAAAGAUUUGAUCUUCCGGGACUCCACCACAGCCAUUGUGCCAGUCGGGGAGAGGAGGACGGCCAUAUCCUGGCUGGGGCAGCCAUUUGUGGAGGCCCUGGAGGGCCUAAGGGCUUCCCAGUGCUCUGGCGCAGCUUUGUCAGUGAAUGUCUUCCUCUUGCUGCUGACGACAAGCCUUGGUCUCGCUGGAUUCUGCUGUUCGUGAUCCAUUGGUUGAAUGCCAACAUGCCAUGAGGCAAAAAGCAGCUGCAACAUGGACCACCACCACAAAGUCAACAAACCAAUAAAAUCAGCUCGCCUGAUCCCUCUGGAAGAAGAAGUGGAGCAUGCUGGGCCUUCCUUUUUCCUCAGAGCACAAACGAUGGUUGCUAAAGCAUUUUCAUUGUGAUGGGAACAAGCCUGGCCUCUCCAGGGCUCCUGCACUAGCCUUCCUUUCUCCUUCUCUGGCACAGUCCUGAGGGGGGGGGGCUCAGAAGCAUUUGCUUACCAUUUUGGUUAAUUAUCAUGUCGUUCAGAACUGACAAACUGGUUAUUAAUAACCGAGAUUUGUUUGAAACAAGUUAACUCCAAACGAUGGCUUAUGAAGCAGACUUGUUUCAACAAAGCAAAUUUUAAAAUAGCCAUAUCCUCUGUGCUUAAGUAAAAGGAGCAAAAGCUUCCAGUUUGCUCCUCACAACCUUGGAGUAGGUGAGCCGGGGGGGGGGGCUUGUCUCCUCCCCUCCAAGACUAGCCAGGCUUCCUUGUGAUGUCUGACUGCAGCCCCUUUUUGUGGACUUUGCUCUGCAUCCAGAGAUAGCUCCCCCCUGUCUGCCCUCAGCUAUGGCCCUGGGCUCAGGUGUGCUAGGAGGAGACAAGGGGCAUGCUGGGAGCUGCAUGUCUGCUUGCUGAUUCCUUGGAGAGUGUCACUAUGUCAAUCUUUUUGUACUAACUAGACGAACACAAUCACUGUAUUUAUUAACUCCCUUGAGAGUCCCACUAUGAAUAAAAAAGCAGGCUAUAAACAGAAUAAACAGGAGACAGAGGUGAUGGUAAGGAAGGCAUUUUCCAGCCCUGCCUAUCUUGGCUAUAUGUUGCAGCACCUAGAAAUCCAGCGCCAAAGAGCCCUCCAGUUCUGUAAGCAACAAAAGGGCAAAACCUCUUCGUAAAUCCCUGCAGUAGCUACCGGUAUCAUGAAGGGAGACAAAGGUAAGUAACUGCAGCUUCCAGGCUUUUGCAGCAACAAUAACAGCAAACCUUAGUAACAUGAGAUGUUGGCCAUACCUGCCAUGGUCUCUGGGGCUGGAAAAACUCACCUGGGUGCAGAUGAAGAGUCUGAGAAAGAAUAUACCAGCCAACAAUUGGGCAGUUGUCCACUGGAAAUGACGACAAUCCCUAGUUGUCAAAAGCCAGCUCUGAAAAGGACAAAAUAAAGCAUAAUCUCCAGUCCGGGGCAGGUGCAGAUUAUCUGGAUCAAAGAGGGUUGUCCUUCUGCCACAGACUCUACACAACCCAACAUCUCCGUGUGAUGGGAAUAGGCACCUGGAUCAGAAUUUCUACUGAAUAGCAGAGCCUUCAGGCCUCUGUCCUCCAUUGCACCUGUUUCCAGCACAGCCCUGACUCCUUACAAAGUGCUCCUUGUUAUGAGCUCCAGCAUGUUUUGAGGGGUGGGAAUGGAAGGCUUGAUCUCCCACUAGACACAAAGGAAAUUUGCACUAGACAGUGCAAAGGAAAUAGAUGGCCUUAUCUGAUGUCACAUCAAGUGUGUGUGUGUGUGUGUGAGAGAGAGAGAGAGAGAGAGAGAGAGAGUAGGUCUAGGGGUUACUGAGAGAGGAGGCCAAUGCAGGUCAGUAUCCCAACACCUUAGAGUUGAGGAAUGGCUGACUUUCCCCCAACAUACAUGCAAUUCCCUGAGCUGCUCUGCGGGAACUUUUCCAUCCUGGCAAAGGAUGGUCUUUGUUGUUUUGCAAAUGGUGUAAUCUGCCCAACAUAGUGUAAAUAUUGAAGCACCACUGGAGCAGGUGGCAUUCUGGACCAACCUUUUUCUCUGAGCCUCAGACACGGAAAGCCACCUCAUCUUGGUGAAUUCUGGGCCAAGAGUGAUGCCUCUUGUGCUGCUGGUGGCCGAAGAGAAAUCCCCAUUUGCCUCGAGCUUGUUCUGCCUGCCUGAGAGGCUGGCGAUGGGCUGAGGAGGACUCCACGAAACCUUCCCUUUGACUCUAGCCUUGGCAUGCUGUGAGAAUUGCUCUGUUCCUGGGACUGUCAUUGGUUUGCAAUAAACAAAAUCUGCCCUUAUUCUCUUAUGGGGUACACAAGAGCCCUUGUAGAGUCCUUUGUAGGUUCUCCAUCGGCAGGAGAAAAUAACAGAGGCCAACCAGAGAAUAUUGAGAAGCAAAGCAGCUAGUAAGCUUGAUCUUUAUUGAACUGUUGCAACAGGCUGCUCCCUCUCAUGUAGGAGAAAAGAGAAGGACCCAGAACCAAUAUGUGCCUGCCCUUAUAUAGACAUAUUGAAAUUCCCUGCCCUGGAGCUCAAGACCACCCCUCCAUACAUCAUACAUACAAUCACAGAAGGGGCAGUCUACAACAGAAAUCUGAGUGCGUUGUUUAUCUCCUGUCUGGCAGGUUACCUGUUAAUGGUCACUUGAUUGGAUUACCUGGGGUGUCUGGCCAGUCUUUUUGUAAUGAUAAAUACCGUAGUUCACAGGCUCACCAUAUUCAAAUACAGACAUACCCUUAAGACAGGAUUUGUGGACGAAAAGACAAUGGGGAGGCUUUCCCAUUUUCCUUCGACCUUGCAGAGAAAUAAGGUAAAGGUAAAGGGAUCCCUGACUCUGGGGUUGCGGCGCUCAUCUGGCGUUAUUGGCCGAGGGAGCCGGCGUACAGCUUCCAGGUCAUGUGGCCAGCAUGACAAAGCCGCUUCUGGCGAACCACAGCAGCACACAGAAAUGCCGUUUACCUUCCCGCCGGAGUGGUCCCUAUUUACCUACUUGCACUUUGAUGUGCUUUCGAACUGCUAGGUUGGCAGGAGCUGGGACCAAGCAAUGGGAGCUCACCCCGUUGCGGGGAUUCGAACCGCUGACCUUCUGAUCGGAAAGCCCUAGGCUCUUUGGGAGGGACAAAAUGGUUUCAGGACUUUUUCUGUACUGUUUUCAGUCAUUGGUUUAUAUAUUUAUGUACGUGUUUGCCUUGUACAUUUAUGAACAUUUCUAAGACCUUAAAAUUCUUAUAACAGGUUUAUACUCUUUGUCAUUCUGGAUUUUAAACUGUUGCAA